AUGGUCGUGUCUCCGCCCAAAUUUAUGAGACGAAUAGUCAUAACUGCCACCACUCUGACACUCGCCAUCGUUGCGCUACUGUUCCUGUCUCGGAGCCUUGGAAGAAUCACGUCAGAUCCGCCCCCACCAGAGACUGCUUCGAAACCACAGACAGCUUUUGUAGGAAUAUUCUCUACGGCAGAAAGAUACGAAAGACGAUCUCUGAUACGAUCAACAUAUCUCACUCUCAAGCCUCCCUCUCUUGACGUGAAAUUCGUAGUGGGCCAGACUAGUGACAAGGAAUGGUCCACGUUAUUAGCCUUGGAAGACCUAAAACAUAACGAUAUAUUGGUGCUUGACACACCAGAGAACAUGAACGAAGGCAAAACAUACAUAUAUUUUGCGAGCCUUGGCAAACGCUACCAGCCCCACCAAUACAUGUACGCAGCUAAAAUGGAUGAUGACAUAUGGAUACAUCUUCCAAACCUUGAAAGACUCCUACGUAUAGAAGGAGCAAACAAAAGGAAUGGAACUUACAUGGGACGUCAUGUAACCGGAACUGGAUUUAUGGCAGGAAUGGGAUAUGUGCUGUCUUGGGACCUGGUAGAUUGGAUUUCGCAGGAUUCAUAUCCCAAGGAGCAUAUGAGCGGACAGGAAGACGCCAACUUGUCAGGCUGGCUCAGAGACAAGGAUAAAGUUCAGAAUUUUUGGUCAAUUGAAGAACCUGAUAGAUUCUAUGAUGAACCUGAUUCAAAGGAAGGAUGGGCCAUACAUAACUACUCAAACAACACCAUAAUCAUACACCGUCUGAAAAGAACUGACUGGUUUUUGAAGGCAUCAAGGCAUUUUUUGAGCCAUCUGCUCCCGCCUCAUCUUCAGGAUCACCAUGAUGCAACAUAG